AACCACUAUUGUUAUGCGUGACCACUGAUAUUUCACACACAGGAUUUUCUCUGUAACGUCUCUCCAUCGUGAGCCUCUAUAAUUUGGUAUCUGAUUUGUUUUAGAGAACUGCUAUUGGAUUUCCAGCUCCAAGAUGAAGAGAAAUUUUGAAGGAGCCUUUAGAUGCAGUGAAAGACUUCAAUUAUCUUUACUGUUAUGUGACAUCUAAAGGAGAGCUACAGCGGAGGACAAGAUUUCCACAGAUUAAAGACUUCAGUACUGAGCUUGGCCGCAAACACACCCCUAAAUUACAUUAUGUGGAAAAGAGCAGCCAGGACAUUCUUCAAAAUCUCUUCUUUCGUGUUCCACGGAGGCAGUGAGAGAGCCGUCUCCACGAGCAGCCAAAGCCUGUCCAUAAACUCCAGCCUCUUCCUCCCUCCAUCUGGCAGGAGGGACAGAGAGAGAGAGAGAGAGAGAGGGGGGACCAGAGUGAGCGUGUAUCCACAGGGUUUCAAAUCGGAGGCAAAGGCAGCAUCCCUCCCUCAGUCAGAGACUGUCGUCACGGCGACAGGAGGUGUCUGUUCCACAGCAGCAUCACCGGAGAGACGGAAUGCGAAGCAGAAUCGGAAGCUAGUGGUCGCCGCAGCAACAAGAGCAUCCGAGGAGUUCCACGCAGGAAGAAGCCAAGGCUGCUGGGGGCUCCAAAAGAAAGGGGAACCGGGGGCCAAUCUUUCAUCCACCACCUCCACCCUCGCUCCUCCUCCGCUGAAGGACAGCUCUGAAUGAACCCUCCUUCUGACGGUGGGCGAGUGUGGCUGGACGCACAAGUGAAAGGAAAGACAUAAAAGAGUGGGAUUGUGUGUGGGAAAGGGAGAGAGGAAGACGCCGUGUGACAGUCAAUUGAUGGUGACUGACGUGGCGACAAAACGGACAGGAUGAUCCGAGCUCAGCCGAGCCGAACACUGUAUUCCCGUUGUUCCUCAGGAGGGAGGAGAGGCAAACCUGCACGCACUUUCUACCACUGACCAGGGGAGAGGUGAGAGCGAGAAAGAGUGCGAGAGAUGAAGAGUAUUUCCACGGGGGCCGGUGAGAUUCAAUUUGGUGUUGUGACAAAUUGUCUCCUGCCAAUUUCGGCAGCAGCAGCAGCAGAGGUUUGAAGGGUCAAGCUCUCCUGUUUCAUUCUCUUCCAAUCCUCCUGGAGGGCAAAAGACAUGGAAUUUACCUCCUCUGAUGAUUUUUUGAAGAACACAGCGCUAUUCAAAAAGGGCAUCAAAGGGAACUAGAUCUCUAUCCAUCUAUGAAAUGGGUGAGAAAUGUUUCUCUGACCCGGAGGAAAGGAUGCACCAUUUCGUCUGACACCCCGUGGGAGAUUACGUGUGAAACAUCAUCACAGCACUUAUUAUCCAGUUGAAGGAAAAGGAAAGUUGGAAUAUUUCAUCUUUUGGUUUUGGUACUUCAAACACAAGCAAAAAGACUCUUUUUUUAGUCAUUCUCUGAAAGAAAUGCAACUUUGGGAGUUUCCUUUUUCUUCCUAGUUUGGAUUUUAUGAGAGUUUGCAGUGGGCAACAUGAGGAUCAAUCGCUGAACACAAGCCAUGUCUUCAUGGAAAAGAAGAAUUCUGCGUCAUAGACAUCAGCUUUCCAUCCAAGGACUCAUACAUGCACACUAAACGCAAGCUACGGUGAAAUGAACCACUCUUUGUUUCUUCAUCCUGGAGUGUGUAUUUCUCGGAUAUAACGUCCUUCAAUGAUUCCAGCACCUUCCGUUCCAUCCGCGUCUGUCCGCCGAGCCCCGAGAUGCCCCGCAGUACACAGCAAGACGAGGCUUGACCCCAGACCCAGCGAGGUCUCUCGGCUGCCCAGGCGUAUUUAAGAUGUUGAACCCUUCCCGUGUGGCCCGAGCCCCAGAUCGGAUCAGUAGCACUGCGGCUCCCGGAGGCCCCAGACAUGGAUCGUGGCUCGGCUCGCCCCUGCCCUCAGCGCUCCGCACCCCGGCCCGUGAGCAGCCUGUGAAGGAUGUCCCAGAGCGGAGCUCCAGCCCGGGAACCCUCUGAGACCCCCAGUCAGAGAGAACAGAUCCGCAGCCACAUGAAGAUGGUGAUCGAGCAGCUGGAAGGAAUCCUCAAGGAGCUGAAAGAUGUGGCACAUGAACUGCGGGAGGUGGUGGGUCAGAUCGACAAACUCACAUCUGAUUUCGACUUCGACCUGGAGCCUGACGACUGGACGGUGGCGACGGCGAGCAGCACUUCGAGCAGCGAGCGUGGCCUGGGUGAGGCCUUCAGAUUGGACUUCCUCGGCCAGGACAUGCUGUCAGACAGCUGGGACUUCUGCAACUUCCUGGAGGCGUCCAACGCAGCGAACCGGAAAGCACACAGGGAGGAGACGGACGAGGGCCAAGGGAGGCCGUCAUCAUCCGUGCCUACGCCCGCCACCGCCAGCGUCUACUCGCAGAUGAACGGGGGUCUCCCCAUCCCCAACGGACCUUUAAUCAUCACGCCGGACUCCUCCAGUGAAGAGGCGUCCAGCUCCACGCACAGCCAGAAAACCUCCCGCACGUCCGGGACCAGAGAGCGGGUCCGCUUCAGCGACAAGAUCCUUUACCACGCCUUGUGCUGCGAUGACGACGAAGACGAGGACGGUGGCGAGGAAGACGAUAAAGGCGACUGCGGAACCCCGGACACGGACAGUGAGCCCAGUCCUCUGGCUUGUUCGCCGGUCCCACCGCUGUCCUCCUCCGAUCACCCGCAGGGACUCUACAACUGUCGGGAAACGGCGUCCGCGGGCCCCUCGCCCGUGAAGAUGCCGGUGACGGGCUCUCACACGCUACCCAGGAAAGGUCUUCUCAACCCGGGCUGCCGGAAAAAACUGUUACGGAACAGCAGCACACAAACGGUUUCGGAUAAGAGCACUCAGACUGUCCUGCCAUACGUCCCCGCCAAACAGAAAAGCAAGGACCUCUGAGAGAACGGACGACUUUGCAUAUACAAAACAAGAACUGAGACAGGAUUACAAAGAACUAUAUACUAUUUAAUAUUAAAUACAUAGAUAAUAGAUUAAAAAAAAAAAAACAAUAAAUGAAUUACUAAAUAAAUUAUAUAUGGGAAAAUUUCAA